CGUUCGUCUGGUGAACGAAGACGACCGGGUCUGUAUCGCGCCCGACCUUAGUAUAGGGGAAACGACAUAAGGCUCGCGUCUGCUACGAUCACGCAAAGAGAGCCCCUGUACGGCGGCGGAUAGCGGCGCUGCCCACCGCGUAGCACGCGUCAAACGAGGCUGACACUCUCGUACCCGCCUGCCGAGGUCGUCAGCUGAAUCUCCUCUUACAUCAUUAUUUCAUAACUUCGCGCCAUCAACUUGAGCGUCGGCGCCGGCGGCGCGGCUACGGCGACGCUAUAAAGCACGUGAGCGUCGUUCGACUCGGUGGAACUGACAGUUAGUUUAAGGCGGGAAGAAAGGUGGGCUCUUAAGGAGAAAUGGUUUCAACGACAGUAUUCCUACCUGUGUCGAUAGUGGUAGUCACGCUCGGCGGCGCUACGCCAAUUGGACAAGUCAUCGCUGCUUCAGUGCGUGACCGACCGGCGUCGGCGAGAGGUGAAGCUUGUGGUCAGCCCUUGGUCGAGCCGCAGCUGGAGCUUGAGGACCGUAUUGUGGGUGGACAGCCGGCAGUGCCCGGUUCGUGGCCGUGGCACGCCGCACUUCACAAGCACGGGACGGGACAUGCCUGCGGUGGGGCUCUCAUAACUGACCGCCAUAUCAUCACAGCGGCACACUGUGUCUGGACUCACCAGCCGGGUCAGCAGUACAUCAAGGUGCAUCUUGGAGGCCAUUAUCGUGACGUCCGCCAGAACAAUGAAAUAUGGGAGGAAGUAGAAGAGAUAUGCGCACACUCUAGCUUCAAGUAUCACAGGAAAUCAAGCUUGCGUGGUGACAUCGCCAUUCUCAAGCUGAAGAACAAGAUCAACUUCACGAGUGUGGUGCACCCAGUGUGUCUUCCAGUGAGCUACGAAGAACUGGGUGAUGGUUCGCACUUGUACGUCACUGGCUGGGGACACACCGGCCGAGUCGGGAAAACUGAGGCUGCUGAAUUGAAGCAGACGUUGACAAAGUCGAUGAGCACAGAAGCUUGUCGGGACCACAGUGGUCGCAACGUUCCACCUACAAUACUCUGCGGAGGUCACGACUACGGCUCCUCAUGUGACGGAGACAGUGGAGGCCCCGUAGUUCACCGAAGCAACGGAACUUGGAAACUCCACGGCAUCGUCGUCGGUGGUCCCCAGGAGUGCGGUGAAGAGGACGAGCCACUUUACUUUGCCAAGGUGUCGCACUAUGUUCGGAAUUUCAUCGACGUAUACGUGGACACAAAGACUAGUCGAAAGACAUUACGGAAAAUAUGUAACUUUCUAUGAUCUGGAAGAGUGUUUGCUCUAACAUUUCAAAUUUGCAGAGUUCCUUGCUUAGUAGCGCCUGACUGUGCUGUGCAGAAUUUCUCUCAUGGGACAGAAUUGGCGUACUGUUGUUAGAGAGCGUGUAAUGCAAAUGCAAGUAUCUCUUCAUUUUAAGUACAAGUUGCGGCUGUGCGAUUGCGGUUACAGCAAUGAACACGAAAGUGUGAGACAGUAGACGACUGCCGCAAGACGGGGAAUUUUCGAUACAUUCUGCUUUUUAUGAACUGUGAAGUGAUUAUGUUCGGACACUUCCGCAUAAGCAGGACACGCUACUUUAGUGUACAAUUCCUUGAAAGUUGCGUGUUCCAUUAUUUUUCCACAUUCUGUCAAAUCAUCAUGCAUUGCGGAAAGCAGUAUAUUUGAAAUUGAAACAUCUACAAACCACCUCAAUAGAACACUUUUUUCGCUGAAGCCUGAAAACCCUUAGAAAACCUUUUCACUGGCCUAGCUGUUCUAAAAAAGUGCUAAACAAUAAUAUUGCCCUGAGGUAUCCUUCAGCUGCACGAUAUUCUCGCAAAUCUAAGCGGACCUCUGUGUCAGAAAAUUGAAAUGAAUAAUCUUUUAACCUAGACUUUGAUGGCUCGGCAGAAAAACAUAGGAACUCCUGCGCUUUCCAGCAGAGCGCAAAGAAAGUUCCUUCAUGAAUGCUAGCCAUUUGUAUGGCAAAAAUAGGGUCAUUCUCGUUUGUAACACGCAGCGGCCAUAUUCCUGAGAAGCCCUCAUGGUUCUGUCAAAGGCCCAGAAUCAAGAGGAAUAAAACAGUCGGGAAAAUGUUCUGCGCAUAGCUGCUGCGAUACCAAUAACAGCACAAGUGGCCUGCCAUUCAGAUUAUGCGAAGAUGGAAAGUAAAUAUAGAAAACAUGGGCCGAAUAAGCGAUAUAUAAUGUUCAAAAGAAGUGUUUUUUGUUGGUCAAGGUUGAGGGAACCUACCUUUUUCACAGUAUAAUUGGCAAGUUGGUGCCUCCUAAAGGAAGUCUGUCUUCUAUUGGUGCGCAUGUGUAAGCGCAUACGGGUGAGACGCUUUUGUAGUUCUUUGGCCGAAAACCACCGUACUGGAGCGGCUUCGCUGAAAGCUGAUAAUGAAAUUCUCCGCCGAUCGUGUACAACUUCAAUAAGAGAAAGAACCUGUGCUAUUGCAUGCACAGUUGCGUGGAAAACAACUCGCACCUCACAUUACUCUCCACUGCAGUUAUACCAAUUUUAAAUUAAAUGCGCAAAUCUCAGUCACAGGCAGCAUCACUUAUUUUGUCACCUGGUGUGAAUACCUCGAAACUCACUGUAUAUACUUCAUCAGACUUGUCACGUCUGCUCUAUUCAUUACAAAUAAAGCUUCAUGAA